GUUUCCCGCCACGCGCUUGCCAAGCGUCAGAGUUCUUGUUUUGUUUUGGGAGUACAAGGAGUACAAGUAGGCUGAGGUCCAGGUCCAGGUUGCCUGCGUUGGUGGUUAGUCCCGUACAAUUCUCAUAUCAGCAUGCUUUUGAUGGCUGAGGAUUCAUAGAAUUCUGAAGUAUGGAUGCAUCAGGUCUGUUAGACGACAUAGACAAGCUGUCUCGGGUCCUAGAUGGACCGGAUGAAGAAGAGUUUCUUGUUAAUGAUGACAACUACUCAGUCAAAUCAAACUGUCGAGCACUCGGUGAUCCAUCCGGUGAGGCUCCCGCCUACGCACCGGCGUCACCUGGAAAACAAGGAUGUGGCCAGGCCUCACAACCUGGCAUGCCACAAGAUCCAGCAUGUGAUGGCACAGCCUUCACAGAAGUCGAGAGUGCACAGGGUACGUUUUCUCUCCAUUUUUCGGGCGGUGAAUCAAUUGGUGAAGAGGGCUGUGUUCCAGAACCUCAGAUACUUCAGGCGACCCAUGCUGAUAUUGUGUCCUCUGCAGAAACGUCUCAUUCACUUCCGCCGGCAUCAUUUGCAAUGACACAGGUCAAGAAUGCCUUGGUAUCAUCAUCGCAAGUGAGGAAUUCCGAGACAAUGUCGUCGCUUUUGCUGGCUCCCCACUCUGACGAUGUGAUGCAGGACUUCGAACAACUGCAGGAAACGUGUUGUCCGGACUUUGAUCCUCCAGAUGCUGUGAUGGCCGAGAAAAAAUGUGCAGAGGCUAAGAGUGCAGUCAAUAAUUCUGUUGAGAGUGCCCUUGUCUGGAAAGUUCAUGAAGUGUCGGACAGGAACGGGUUCGAGGCUCUUCAGUCAGCUGACCUGUGUAGUAAAUCAUCCGAGUCAAGCACCACGGCUCGAGCCGAAUUCGGGGGUGUCGACGGCGACGCGGACGCUCUAACCCAGCUGCGAACAAGAUCCUGUGCCGUAACAUCAGCCGAAUCAUCGGCGCUGCAGGGCGACAUCAACAAGUUGUCCAGGGUGCUGGCAACUCCGGUGGCGCCACCGAUGCCCUUCGAGUGUGUCGUCAGCCAACCGACGGAGUCAUCUGAUCCUAGAUGCGCCCCGUCGACAAUACGCAGCAAGAGCAGCGGAGGCCCGUCAUCUAUAGCCUCCAUCUCUGGGGUGCAAGUAUCGUCUGUGCUCGGUGACGAAGUGCUGUCACAGGAUGACUUCUUGGACGAUACUUUCAUUGGCCAGGACAUCCCUGUCAACCUGGAAAAUUGUCUGGCGCUGAAUGCUGCCUAUCAGGAGGUCGUCGACGAGAACUUGACGGACUUGGAGCAUCUUCUUCGCCGCAACCGCGCAAAGCAGGCCGAGAUUACUGCGCUUUUAAACUCCGACCAAGACCUUCGAAACUCUUCGCAGGGUCCAAAAAGCCGCGUUCCAAAAUGGAAUUGGCAGAUGUUUGUUGAUCAUUUCGUCGACAAGGAUGGUUUUGGUCCCCUCGCCAACGCCGACACCAAAACCAAAGUAACGAAAGAUGAGUACGAUGAUAGACGCUGGCCACGGCCAUGGCUGCAGUCUGAGCGCGAGAGCCUUUUCGAGGUGGUUCUGGCGGAGGCAUCGCAACGCUACUUGCGGGCUGUGCAGCAUCGGGUGCGCGCUCUGCGCGAGCUACUUCAGCAACUGAAUGGAGUCGCCGAGUCUAAGGAGGUUGAGGCAACGCUAUCAGACAUUAAGAGCAAGCUCGAAGAAGCCAAUCAGCAGCUGGCCGAAGCUAAAGAGGUGUCUGUGAUCGACAUUCUGACCGAAAUGGACGAUGAGUACGACUGGCCAAAGAUCGCUCUAACAGCUGCUGGUGGCCAGCGCACAGCGACAGAAUGUCGCCUGCAGUGGUGUAACUUUGUGCGACCUACUAUCAGUCAUGCAAAGUGGUCGCCUGAGGAAGAUAAGCAAGUUCUCGCCGCUUCUUCAAACCGACAAUCCGGAAACCGAUGGUUGGAAGCUGCCAACAAGCUCGGUCGCACUGCCUUCCAAGUGUUCCAGCGCUUCGCGGCCGUGUUGUCUGCUCCAAAACGUACCUUUUGGACCAAAGAAGAUUCAGAGCACCUUAUGCAAGUCGUGCGUGAAGUGGGCAUCGGCAACUAUAUAAACUGGUCCGAAGUUGCCUUGCGCUUCCCCGACCGCAGCAGCGUUCAGUGUCACCAGCGUUACCUGAACAUAUCCUCGGAGCAAGUACGCGGCCGGUUCACCGAGGAGGAAGACAUUCGCCUUAUCGCCGCCGUCGAGGAAUUGGGAAUCCGAGACUUCUCCAGGCUGAGAAAGUUCAUCCCAGACCGUUCGGCGAAACAGCUACAAAACCGAUACAUGCGCUACCUGGCGCCCAAUGUGUCACGUGGCGAGUGGACAAGGGAGGAGGACGAGAAACUGGUGCGCUUCGUGUGCGAGAACGGACCAUUAUGGUCGCGGGCAGCUGCUGAAAUCGGCGGUGGCCGCAGUGGCGAUAUUUGCCGAAACCGUUUUCUCCGCAUCGAAGCAGCAUUCAGUGGUCGCGGUGGUGUUCCCGCCACUGGCAACCUGGGGGGCUCCGUGCAUAAAUUUUACUCCACUUACUACGACAAUCUGCGGCCGCAGCUCAAGAGUCGGUUGGAGGGUCUGAUGCCCGAUGGCGAGAAAGACUCCACGGAGGCCCGACGACAGGCAGCGAUGAUGCUUCUCAACGACAAUGUGAAGCCACUGCGCCGAGCAUCCCGCUGCCCUAUUUUGAAACGUGAUCAGGAACGUAAGAAGGAGAUGAAGGCAAGACGGAAGGCUGAGAAGUCGAAGUGGGAGUCUGCCAGCGAAAUACUCUUUUCUGAAGGUGGAAGUCCGUAUCGACGUGCUGAGCUGCCAGCGGCUGAUGCAGAAGCAGCCGCAACCGUGGCGCGUGUCUGGUGUCUGCCGCCGCCGACUCUGAAUCGCCUGGAGACGUGCGCAGAGAGCUCAAUCACCGACUUCGAUGCCCGAGCCCUGUCUCAAUGGUGUGAUGCCACGCUUCCUGAUGCACCUGAGUCGUCACUUCGACAAACGGUCUCGGAUGUCCUCCAGCGUGAGUACAACUGGCGUCGCAUGCCACUCAUGCCCGCCAGCUACGCCUCGUGCUCCGCGUUCCGUAGCCUCUUGCUACAGCGACCACGGCUUGAAGAACAAAUCGCACGCAGCGUGAGAGCCCAAGACCUCAAGGGCAAGAUUGCUGAAUUCAAUGAGAGAAUAGGACAGUGGGCGAGAGCGGCAGUGUCUGGUACCGACAAGGGUGCCGAGGAGGAUGAAGCGCCGCCGCUGUCGGACCAUGCUUCGCGCCACUUUGAUCAAAUGGUACGGGUGCGGAUCACCGAGAAGUCACCCGGCGGUCCGCCGCGCCAGUUCUACAUGACUGUGUCCGCUGCUGAAGCGGAAAACCACAAGGAGCUGGCGAGUCUCAUCCUCCGCCAGGUCCCAAACAUGGUGAAGAUGGACAUCUGCAAGGCUCGUCCGGUGACUGGCGGCAUGCAGCCUCCCUUGCCUCCCGGCCAUCCUCCGGCGGCUGACGCAGCCGAUGCCUGGCACCUGCUGCUGGCGCGCUUCGUGUCCAUGUUUUUCUGGCCAGCCCUGCUUUCCCUGCAGCCACCACCGAACUCCGCUGGUAUGGACGAUCAUCGGAGUGAUCUCGACGAGUCCGAUCCGGUUAACCUCAAUCACGACCACCUGUGGAUGCUUGAGCCGGAAACUGAGACCUCAAAGACAGUGUGGCAGCUGCGUCAGGGCAUGCACAAGCGGAAGCCCGGCGCAAACAGGUCGAGGCCGAAAGCGAAGAGGAGGAAACAGCAGUAAAGGGGUUUGUGAGAUCUGUAUAUGAUGUUGCGUUCUUCAACAAACACCCAAGACAAACACCAGCCGCAGUAUGCUCAGGCUGCUGCUGUUGUCGCGUUGAUGAUCGCCAAGCCUGGUAAUUGCGUACAGUGAAGCUCCUAGCAUAUGUGUCUGUCGUGGAUGAAUGUUGUGCCUUACGUGCCAGCCCCAGCUUUGAUUGUUUAGUUUUCGGUAUCCGUUUUUGCCGGGACCUGCGUAGUUUCAGCUCCGUGGUGAUGUGCGCUUGAUUUUGCAAGGCGAUGAGAUUUAAGCAAUAGAGAUACCUACUGUGUUUUGUGGAACUGCCGUUGGCCAUGCUGUUUUGCAGAAUAUUUCGUGUUUGCAUUGGUCAAUAAGAUGGUGAUGCAUUGAUGGUGCAGCGUGAUACUGAAGAUAGUAAAACUUUCUAAUAAAGCCAGCAUUAAAGCUU